UAUGAAAAUUAAAAUUAAAAAAAAAAGAUAUAUUUGUAUUUCAUCUGGAGCAGUAGCUGAGAAUGUGUAAAAAUUGUACAAAGCAUAUUCUCAGACCACGCGGCCAAGGAAGCGGAGGUCGAAUGCUGACUCUUUAUCUCCUUCCUCAGCAGAAAGCGACAAUAUAAAAGUUUAUUAUCACAGUAAGUUCCAAAAUUCCCCUUGUCCAACGGCACCGUUUUGUAUUUUGAACCUCCUCUGAUUCUUCGCUCAACAACUCACUCCAUUAACCUUUCUCUCGUCACUGCCCUGCCCUCUGAAUUUGUAUGGAUCGUUAAAUCAUCAGCGACUUGCACCAGUAAUUUACAUUCACUUCUGCAGAUUGACGAAUCAGUAGAAGUGACACUUGUUUUCAAACAAUUGAGAAGUUAGGGAAACGUUGGUUAUACUUGGUCUGUGAUUCUAUGCUUUCAUUAUUUCCAACUGUGUUGGUGGACUUAGAUGGAUGUUCCUUCAUUGGAACUAAAUACUGAAAGUCAAACCGAUACUUUCCCAUUAUUAAUGGAGCGGCCAGAUACUGUUAGCAGUAGCGAUCAUGUUAUUGAUAUGCCAAUUGCUGAUGCAUCACCUACAAUUUCAUCUCAUGAUAGAACUUCUAAUCACUUGGAUUCUUUGCAGCGAGAAGACAGAUCUUCUGCUAGUGUUAGAACUCCUAUUUCUCAACCGGCAACUUCGAAUGGAUCAAACAACAGAAACUUCUCAUUUGUGAGGAGAGGGGAUGCCCGUCGUCGCAGGAGUCCACUAAAUUCCGGUUUAUGGAUUUCUGUCGAACUAGUUCUUACUGUGAGUCAAAUUAUUGCAUCUGUUGUUGUCUUGUCUGUGUCUAGAGAUGAGCAUCCACGUGCACCUUUGAUUCAAUGGAUUGUGGGUUAUGCCUCUGGAUGUGUUGCCACCCUCCCCCUUCUAUAUUGGCGUUAUCGUCAAAGUAAUCAUGUUUCUGAUCCAGACUCAGUGCAAUCUCGUAAUGGUUCAGCUCGUGUUAAUGUUCCUGGUGGACCCUUGGCUAUGGUUUCUAGAAAUUCAGAAGGGGAAGAUCAACGGGCUGCUGUUACAUCACAUAGAGGUGGAGAAAAUACAUUACUUAGUGCGAGAUUCAAGGUACUAGUGGAGUACUUCAAAAUGGCUUUGGAUUGUUUUUUUGCUGUUUGGUUUGUGGUUGGCAAUGUUUGGAUAUUUGGGGGGCAUUCAUCCGCCACAGAUGCUCCAAACUUGUACAGGUUAUGUAUAGUGUUCCUUAUUUUUAGCUGUAUUGGAUACGCCAUGCCGUUUAUUCUUUGUGCUACAAUUUGCUGUUGCUUGCCUUGUAUAAUUUCUGUCCUUGGGUUAAGAGAGGAUCUGUCACAGACCAGAGGGGCUACAGCAGAAUCAAUAGAUGCUUUACCUACAUACAAGUUUAAGUUGAAGAAAACUAGAAGUGGUAAUGAUAGAGACAACAGCUCAGGUUCUGGUGAGGGUGGCAUUGUGGCUGCAGGUACAGAAAAGGAGCGUGCUAUUUCUGGUGAAGAUGCGGUUUGUUGCAUUUGUUUGGCAAAAUAUGCAAACAAUGAUGAGUUAAGAGAGUUGCCAUGUUCUCACUUUUUCCACAAGGAGUGUGUGGAUAAGUGGCUGAAGAUUAAUGCUUCAUGUCCUCUUUGCAAGAGCGAUGUUGGUGAAACAGUUCUGGGUUCAAUCGCGGGCACAAGCGCUAGUAUCUUGGGAACGCUCUCAGGAAGUAAUGACAGCCAGCGAAGGGGUGACAGGAGAGCGGGCAAUGGCUCGAUAACAACUGUGUUGUAACGUAGUAACGUAUUUUGCCAUACUUCGUGUAUAUGUAUGAAAUGCCCACUUAAAAGCCUGACUUAAGAUCUCUUCGAGUAUGGUCAGAUGAUUGUCCAAGCUCAUUCGAUUCAGUUUUCUUGAAUCAAGAUUUAUCUUGGGAGAAGCAUAGAAAUUGCCUUGGAUACUGGCAUAUACCCAGAUUGUGUUCACUGCAUUAGCAGCAUCAUUUGUCUGUGUGAAGAUCUUGUUUGCUGCUGCACUUUGAAUGAGUAUCUAUCUACCUGCAUAAAGAAAUAGGAAGAACUAUAAGAUGUUAUAGAAUUGCUGCUUCAUGGAGUCUAAACUUGCUUGUUAGGAUGUGCUGUUCUUUAAAGAUUUUUAAAAGCGUUUUCCUGUGUUUGGGAUUAAUAUAACGAACAGAAAAAUAAGUAAUUCUCAAUUGAAACCUUCUCUCAGUUGCAACAA